AUGAGACUCAUUUUCUCAAAAAAUAAAGUUGGUAGUGAAAAGACACAAAACAGCUGGGGAGUCCUUUUUCUUUCUUGUCUACUGAAGAAAUUUGGCGGGAAUGAUGAUCACCAGCCAACUCCAACUACAGUUCAGAACCCCACCAUCAUCUACCUCUCAAUCUUCAAACUCAAGACAAAUAAUAAUGAUAAUAAUGAUCAACUAACCCUUUUUUCUCCACCAAACAGCCAAUUUACAGAGUUGUCUUCCUUAUUAUCCCUCAUUUGGAACCAAACGCAGAAAAAAAGAUUUUUCUUUUUCCGCUCUGGCAAUGGAUCGAUUUUCAGGGCUCGGCUUGUUGAAAUCGAGCUGUAUCUUUUUUGCUGCAGUCUUGAUGAGUUUCUUCUCAAUCUCGAGUGUUGCUGCAGAUUAUUCCGGAUUUAAUACCGCGCAAUGUGACUCUGAUCUGACUUCGUUUAUUCCUUUUCCGUACAACAAUUUACCUAAUAUGAUCUGCAAACCACUCUGGAACUCGUAUCUGUUGAGGUAUUCCCAAUCCAAAAACAACGAGAUCACGAUUGUGCUUUCGACAAUAUACACAACAGGAUGGGUCGGGAUUGGAUUUUCAAGAGACGGGCGAAUGAUCAACUCGAGCUGCAUGGUCGGGUGGAUAAACUCCGAAGGCCAUGGAAAAAUAAGACAGUUUUACGUGAAAGGGUUUAAACCUUCGGAAAUAAAAUCCGGUGAAGGAGAGCUGCCAUUAACGAAUGCUCCACCAUACGUAGCUUUACAAGGUCCCUCGAUUUACUUGGCAUUUCAGCUGAAAUUCAACAAAACUCUCAAAACUCAGCCGAUUUUAUUGGCGUUCAGCACGAAAACUCCUCACCACCACCAUCUUACCGUUCAUGACGACAAAACGACCAUUUAUUUUGAUUUUUCGUCAGGUAAAACCGAUAAUGGUGUUGAUGAUUUGUCUCCAAGCCUUUUCAAGAACCGGAAAACUCAUGGGACACUAGCUCUACUCGCAUGGGGUCUUUUCCUCCCAUUAGGAGCAAUUAUAGCAAGACACCUCAAACACAAAGAUCCCCUUUGGUAUUACCUUCACUUGGGAUUUCAAUUCAUCGGUUUCUUGCUAGGAGUUGCUGCUUUAGUUGUCGGGCUAUCACUCGAUCACAAGCUUCACGCUUUCAUUCCGGCCCACAAAGGCAUCGGCAUUUUCGUAUUCACACUCACCAUUCUCCAGGUGUUUGCUUUUAUCACGCGGCCUAGCACGGACAGUAAAUACCGGAGUUAUUGGAAUAGUUACCAUAGCUGGUCAGGGAGACUCUGCCUUUUCUUUGCAGCCGUGAAUAUAGUGCUCGGGAUUCAUGUGGCUGGUGCAGGGCAAGCUUGGAAAAUAGGCUAUGGAUUUCUUCUCGGCAUAACUUUGGUUUCGGUUGUAAUUCUCGAGGCAUUAUUGAGAGUGAGAAAGAAGGAGGAGUAUCACAAAAGCCACACUACUCCCUUUUCAAUCGAGUCGGUUGAGAAGGAAAUAUCCCUUUAACAUGAAAACAUAUAUUCUGUCUGCAAAGAGUGUGCUAGGAUGAUAUUUUGGCAUGUAAAUUAGUGAAAAAACAAAGGGUCCCUUUUGAGCUCAUAUGGUGAUGAUGAAUACACACAAGGAGGUAUUUCUGAUGAGAAGAUUAAAGGAUGGUCAAGAUGUGCUUGAGAGAGAUUAAAUGUUGGGAUUUUUUUCUGCAGUUAUUUUUGCUACAUAAUUGAGCUGUGAGAAAUCAAGUACUGUACAAAAUGUUGUUCUGUGUGUUUGUAAGCUGCUCAUUGCAUAAAGGAUGUGUGUGUGAAAAAUCCAAAGUAUUUUUCUAUUUUUCCACAUUUAUUAGUAUUUGUUUGAUUGUUUGUUUUGUUGGGGUUGAUUUGUUUGUGAAUAGUUCAUUUGUGUGUGAGUGUGUGUGUUCAUUUGUUUGCUAGACUGUGUGAUUAUCAAGCUAUUGAAAAAUGGAAAUCUUGGCCUAUUGAAAAAUCUUCAUUGAUCAAUAGAUUUCUUUACCUUUUUGAUUGG